AUGACUCAGUUUCUGCCUCCGAAUCUGCUUGCCCUUUUUGCUCCGCGCGACCCGAUUCCAUAUGUGCCCCCAAUAGAAAAGCACAAAAACCACAGAAAACUUCCAUAUACCGGUGUUGCCCAGUUUUUGGGGGAAUUUGAGGAUCCUUCCGAAACUCCCGCCUCAUCUCGAAUCGAAACUAGAGAGGAAAGGAAGGCUCGGAAACGAAAGGAAAAACAGGAACAGGCUAAUUACAAACUUGAACGCGAUCUUGCUCUGUGGAAUCCAAAGAAACUUGUUUCUGGUACAACAAAUGCUUAUAACACUCUCUUCGUUGCUCGACUGAACUACGAUACUUCUGAACACAAGCUGCGCAGAGAGUUUGAAGUGUAUGGGCCGAUCAAGAAGAUAUUCAUGAUCAAGGAUGCAGCUACUGGCAAGCCUCGGGGUUACGCUUUUAUCGAGUUUGAGCAUGAAAGGGACAUGCAUGCUGCGAAUAAGGAUGCGAACGGCCGGAAAAUUGAUGGACACCGUAUUCUUACCGACAUUGAACGCGGAAGGACCCGUCCGGAUUGGCGACCGAGGCGAUUGGGUAAGGGUCUUGGUAAGUCUCGCAGCGGCCCCAGUGACUCACGCCGUGAUGAAAGGAGGCGAGAUGAAGAUCGCGAUCGGGACCGGGAUCGCGAGAGGAACCGCGACCGCGAUCGUGAUCGAAGACGUCGCAGUAGGUCCCGCGAAUACCGGGAUCGUCGUCGUAGGAGCCAUAGCCGGGAAAGAAGACGCAGUCGUGAUCGCUCCCGCGAGCAUGGACGCAGAGACCGAUAUCGUCGGGAUGAAAUGUCCCAGUAUGGUGAGUAUGGCGCGGAGAUUAAAGCGGAAUAUAAUGGGGAUUACUAA